UUUGUUUACUGUCAACAAACAUUCAGAGCUCGCGAUAACAGGUAAACAAUCCCGACUUGUUUCCGUUGGUGUUCACUGUUUCCUCACUCAAACAUUAAAUUAAUUUUCCUCAAAGCGAAUUUAAAUUAUCUCAGGCAAACAAAAAAUGGUUGAAUCUACAAUAAUUAAUGAAGACGUCCUCAAUCCAAUACCCGAAAAAGAUGGUGGUCAAGCUGAAGUUCCGGCAAAUAAUCCGCAAAAUGAUGACCUGGAGAAGAUACCGAAAUCUUCAAAAAGAAAACCUAGGCGAAAGAGAUGGCACUGUGAAAAAUGCAAUAAAUCGUACACUUCCUCAGGCACGUUUAAAUCGCACAAAUAUCGUCACAAGAUGUUGGAAUCUGGUCGGUUCACGUGUCAGCAGUGUGAAAAGCGUUUCGUAAACAUCAGCACGCUGGGCAGUCAUAAGUGCCCGAAAAAUCCCGUGCCUGCAGCUGAAAAAACCUGGGUCUGCAAAGAGUGCAACAAAACGUUCACAAAUGGCUCCGCAUUUUAUAAACACGCCUAUGAUCAUCGAGUUGUGAAGGCAGGCAAAUUCAAGUGUAAAACAUGUGAGAAGUGUUUUAGGGGCAAAAGUGCGCUUGCGAAACACGUCAAAAAUGUGCACCAAAAGGAGAAAAAGACUCGAGCGAAGAAGUUGACAAAGAAGACGAGCAAGCCGGAAGCAGUAAAAAAUCCCGUUUCUGCCGAUGGCAGAUCCUGGGUCUGCAAAGAGUGCGACAAAGUGUUCGGCAAUCCCUACCGGUUUUACCAGCACACCUACUAUCAUCGAAAUGUGAAGGCAGGCAAAUUCAAGUGUGAACCAUGCGAUAAGUGUUUUUUCGACAAAUACGCGCUCAAAAAACAUGAACAAGUUGUGCACAAAAAGAAUAAAAAGCCUCAAGCGAAAAAGUUGAUCAAGGAGUCUUCUAGCGAGUCGGAAUCGGAACAGGUACCCAAAGUGGUGGAAAAGGACGACAAAGGCUUCCUUAUGUGUCCUGACUGCGACAAGCGCUUCGAGUUCCGGUUCCAAUACACCAUCCAUGCUCGGCACCACGUUGCUCUGAAACAAGAAUUGUACAAGUGCACGCCUUGCGAGUUGCUUUUCAAAACAAACGCCGAGCUAAAGAGGCAUGAAAAAGUUCACGAGAAACAAAAGUCCCGGAUAUCAAGUGACCCGUACGGCUUGAUAUGUCCCGAACCAACACUGAAGGAAAUAGAUGGCAUCUACAAGUGUUCCGCAUGUGAGAAAACCUUUGAACAGCGACACCUAGGCUUGCGUCAUCUUUUGAGACAUGGGUUUAUAAAGCGGGAAAGGAUCCAGUGCAAUUUGUGUCCAUUGACGUUCGCUAACAAAAAGUACCUGGAAAAACAUCAAGUGGAGCACGAAGCUCAAAAGGACGUCACGUCAAGUGAAUCAAGCAGCGAGGAGGAAUCAGGUUCGGACGAUUCGUCGAUAGAUGGAGACAGCGAAUUCAAAUGUACCGUUUGUAACAAAACAUUUUGGGAAAAGCGGCUGUUGGAUCGGCAUAUUCGGAGGCACGAAGCGAUCAAGGAGAGCAAAUUUCCGUGCAAGCUGUGCGAUGUGCGUUGCGGAGAUAAACGAGAGCUGAUAAGACACGAGGAGAUGCACGCUAGGAAGCAACAAACGACGAUUGUUUCUACAGAGAAAGUGCCCCCAAUAAUCUUGGAAAGAAACAACCACACCGUUUACAAGUGUCCCGAUUGUGCGAUUAUAUUCACGAAACAGCGAGUCUAUUUCACUCAUGCUCAAGGACACGUUCACGUUAGAAUUGGGACCUUCAAGUGUGAAACGUGCGGCACGUGCUGCCCCACCAGAAGGAGCCUGUUGGCACACAUCGAGAAACAUCGAACGGGAAAGGUUAAAACGCAAACGGAACUGGACAGUCUUUCCUUCGAGUGUCCCGAGUGCGGCAAGAAGUUUGCGCGAAGACAAUUCCUUAUCCAACACGUCCAGCGACAUGACGCUGUGGAAAAAGGCACAUUUCAGUGCAAGGUCUGCGCCAAGUUCUACGGCUCGCGGGUAAUACUGGCCAGACACGAGACGAUCCACGGCGGCAAGGACACGCUGGAAGAGCUAAAGUGUUCCGAGUGUGACUUUAUCUGCGCUUCGCGGCUGUCGCUAGUCUCGCACCUCCAGAGGCACGAGGCCAAACGGAGCGGGGCGUUUGAGUGCAGCGUGUGUGGGAAGAAAAUGGGAUCCAAAUCCGAACUUGUGGUUCAUAAAAGUAAACACACUGAAGAAACAAAGGGCGAUUAAAUUAUCCUAACAUAACUUUCAAGGACUUCUCAUAUAUUUUCUUCUUAAUGCGAGGCAAAUCUAAUAUGUACAGCAAACACAUUUUUAUAUUUUGAAAUAAAUGUUGGAUAAACUGAAA